UGAAAACAGUCCCUUUCCGUGUGCGGCUCAUACCCCUUCCCCACAGCGUGCCCGCAGACGCACACGGGGCUCCGCAGGCCAGGUGCACACGCGUCCCUCCACGCUCACCCUCCAUCCUUGGACUUUCUUUUCGCCAUGGCGGCGGCAUCCUCACGCUUUCGCUGGGCACUGCCGUGGAGGCGCACAGCUGCAGAGACAGAGGACAAGGGCAGCAGAGAGGACUGUUGACAUCCACGCUUCCCUUUUUUUUUUUUCCUGUCUCCUCUCACCUCCUAAAGUAGACUUCAUUUUUCCUAACAGGAUUAGACAGUCGAGGAGUGGCUUACUACAUGUGGGAGCUUUUGGUAUGUGACAUGCGGGUUGGGCAGCUGUUAAGAGUCCAACGUGGGGCAGCGCAGAGAGGGGGGCACGCCCCCAGGCCGCGGCUGCCCACACACCCCAAUUGGCUGAAUUUGCGUGUGGCAGAGGGAGAAAAAGGAGGCAAACGUGGGCUGGGCAAUGGCCUCACGCAGAAACAGGGUCUUCCUGGAGAUUUGGUGAUGGAGAUGUCGAGCAGGUGGCCUCUGGACGCCACUGUUGCCCUGCAUGGUGGCCCCGGGGCAGCCCCUAUGAACAAACCCGUUUCUGAAGCAGAGCCCACAGCCGGAGAGUCCAGGAAGACUUGCGCACUUGGAGCAGAAGGUAGGAGUCCUCUGGGCAGCCUCGCAGCCACGGAGGGCGCCCCUAGACACUGGCCAGGCGUGCUGACAGUGGCAGUGCACAGCGGCCGCACUAACCCUCCCCUAGAAGAUAACCGGCUCAUCCGCCUCCUCCCGGAAGACGCGUCGUAGUGAGUAGGCACAGGCGUGCACCUGCUCCCGAAGUACUCACCGAGACAGAAGACCUCUUCUGACUGCAGCCUUCCUAACAUCUGCUGACACCUCCCUUCGCUCUUCCCUCCCUAACCUACUGACCCACCUUUUGAUUUUAGCGCACCCGUGACAGGCCUUCCAAAGAGCCCCACGCUGGCAUCACCCUCCCUGGGGACGAAGAUGAGGAGUCAGCGUGAUGCCAAAACGCGUCUUCUUAAUCCCAUUCUAAUUCUGAAUGUUUCGUUCGGGGUUAAUAUAAUGUCUAUUAAUAUAUAGCCUCAAUGAUGAGAGGGUUACAAAGAACAAAACUCCAGACACAAACCUCCACAUUUUUCAGCAGAAGCGCUCUGCGUCGCUGAGCUGAGGUCGGCUCUGCGAUCCGUAUGUGGCCACACCCAAACAGCACGUGCUGUGGCCACAGCUCACCAGAAAGUGUACACUCUUCCUGAAUAUUGAAAUAAAACAAUAAACUUUUAAUGGAAUUUGAA